UCUUUAGGACAUUGCAAAAACCAAUAGGCACAUUCUACAGGCCCAGCAACCCUUUGAAAACCGUGCUCUACGCCAAAAACAGACUCAAUUGCUUUAAGUACUCCACAAUGCCAUCUUUCGACAAUUCUUUCCUUAUGAAUCACACCUGUCUCCGUAUCAAGGACCCUAAGGUGCUGAUCCCAUUCUACACUGAGAACUUUGGCUUCAAGCUUGUCAACACCUUCAAGUUCGAGACUUUCACAUUGUACAUGCUUGGCUACGAAACCGAAGAAAACAAGCACUUGAACUGGUCUGCACGUCCAGGUAUCCUUGAAUUAUGCCAUAAUCACGGGGUUGAAAACGACCCCGAAUACAAGUUGAACCACGGAAAUGGUACUGAAUUCAGAGGUUUCGGCCAUAUCUGUGUCACUGUCGACAACAUCGAAGUUGCCGAAAAGGAAUUGCUUGCUAAGGAUGUCAAGUUUCAAAAGAAAUUGUCUGACGGAAGACAAAAGAACAUUGCUUUCGCCUUGGAUCCCAACGGCUACUGGAUCGAAUUGGUUGAAAACGGAAUCAAUAAGAAAGAUGCUACUUCUGACAAGGCUUCCUAUAAGUUCAAUCAUACCAUGAUCCGUGUUAAGGACCCAAAGAAGUCGCUCGAUUUCUACAGAAACGUCUUGGGCUUCAAGUUAUUGUCUACUUCUGAAUUCCCAGAGGCCAAGUUUACACUCUAUUUCCUUGGAUUCGAACACGAUCCAAGCUACACUGAGAACUCCGAAACCAAGCCUAACCAAUUCUACAGAGAAGGUAUUGUUGAAUUGACCCACAACUGGGGUACUGAAUCCGAUCCUGAGUUCAAGGGCUACCACAACGGUAACAGCACCGAAAACGGCGCUAUUCAAGGCUACGGCCACACCUGUGUCAGUUGCAAGGAUCCAGCUACAUUCUGUAAGCAAAUUGAAGAAGAAUACGGCGACAAAGCUGAUUGGUCUUUGAAGUGGGACCAAGGUAAUAUCAAGAAGAUCGCUUUUAUCAGAGACCCAGAUGGAUACUCUGUUGAGAUUUUGGGCCACGACUUGUUUGCAGACCAAUAACUAUCCCUGAGCCAUUUGUAAGGAAUUAAGUUGAACAAAUGACCAUUAUGCUUUUUAAAAUGGUGACAAAUCCAUGAAAUCAGUGACGAUUAACGGUUUUGCGGUCAUUUUUUAGCUGAAUUUCAUACAUUUACGAACCAGUAAGCUCUUCGUUACCGAAACUACAUUAUUUCCUAUUAUCGAUAUAUAUAUUUCUAAUAGAAAGAGCAGUGCCUAGCCUAGGUGCUUUACUAAUCUUCCUGUCU